AGGAAUUUUAAACUGGCACUCAGAACUCAAACUCGUUUACACUGCAUUUUCCCUCACGGAGGAUGAAGUUUAUCAAGGACUGAAUGAAGAGGCACGUGUUCAUGCGAGGGAAGGGAAGGCGUCCAGACUUUCCAGAAGUGAAGACUGUGCUGUUGCAGCUAUUGUUCUUGAAACAAGACAUGGAAAAUAAUGGAAUUGCCUACAGUUUCAGAAAGCUAAGGUCCUUACUUGAGAGGCUAGUUCCACACACGUGUCAUGUGACGGAAAGCAAGGUCACCUACCAGAUGACAUCAACUCUAAAAGAGUCCUUAAAGAAACGGAGUGACAGGGUAAUAGAGUUCCUUACACAGGAGUAUUACUUCUUGCGUCUGCCUGACCCGCUGAAUUCUCUUGGUGUCACUCGAUUUCACUUACAGAAUGUUGAGAAUUAUUUGUCCCCACCAUCCAGUUGCAUUCCUGUUUCUGUUGCCAUUGCCUUAGAAAAUCAAUGUAUGUGUACCAGAAGAAUCAAUACGAUGGACCUUGUUUCAUUGAUCAAUAUAUCGCAUUCAUGCAUGUUCUCUAUCUCUCUUGUCUUGUAAUAAUAAUAA